AUGACGGUCCCGGUUAUGGGAGGGUACGGGAGGCGGGACCAGAUCAGUGUCCGUUCCUCGGAGCUUGCGAGUCUGGGACUAGGGCUGGAGAGAUCGCCGGUGAGCAUCGUCACCACUCCAGCACGGAGCCUCGCUUGGCCGAACGCUGCGCCGCGCACUCGUCGGGAUUGCACAACAUUCCUGAGAAAUAUACCUGCUAUUUAUGGCAUGUGGCUGGUAACUUUAUUCCUGCUGUACUCUUUACAAGAAGUGAACAGUGAGGAUGUGGUCUCGACGCGGCUGUACUUUGUAAACGCCUCCCUGCAGCGGGUGACCUUCUCCAGCUCGGUCGGGGUGUCCCUGCCCUGCCCCGCGGGCGGCGCACCCCAUGCCGUCCUGCGCUGGUACCUGGCCACCGGCGACGACAUCUACGACGUGCCCCACAUCCGCCACGUGCACGCCAACGGCACCCUCCAGCUCUACCCUUUCUCGCCAUCCGCCUUCAACAGCUACAUCCAUGACAACGAAUACUUCUGCACCGCAGAGAACCAGGCCGGCAAGAUCCGCAGCCCCAGCAUCCACGUCAAAGCAGUGUUCAGGGAGCCCUAUACGGUGCGGGUGGCAGACCAGCGGUCCAUGCGGGGCAACGUGGCCGUGUUCAAGUGCCUCAUUCCCACCGCAGUGCAGGAGUACGUCAGCGUGGUGUCCUGGGAGAAAGACACCGUCUCCAUGGUGCCAGGUCAAGGGGUAGAUGCGGGCGAGAAACCGAGAAAAGCACUCAGAGCUGACAAUAGUACUUCCGACCCUACCUGUGGCUCAGAGAGUGAGGUGCCACGCUUCAUGGACGUAACAGGAGGGAUGGAGGGUUGA